CAUUGAGGUGACGUUAUCUGAAGAGAAAGAGAGGAAAGAGAUCUUUACUCAAAGUGCCAUUCUUCUGGGACGAGGGUAGAAGAUCAAGUGAUACACCAGUCUGCACGAGAUUUGGAAUGAUGCUGUCCGUACAAAGCACAGUUGCUCUGGCAUUAAUGCUCUUCGUCUUGGCGGAAUAUUCGGCAGCGAUGCCGACGAUCGACAAAGAUAAAGCCAGAUUUUUUAACAACGUGAAUCUGGUGGACGACGACGGCAACAUCGACAAGGCUCUGAUGAAUUACUUAUUCACCAAACAGAUCGUGAAACGUCUCCGUAAUCAGAUAAACGUCAACGACUUGCAGCGCAAACGGAACUUCUGGAGGCAGUGCUCCCUCAACGCGGUGGCUUGCUUCGGUAAAUAGGCGCGCAGCAAGACGGAGAAAAAGCCAAGCGAGGGAGAGAGAGAGGGGCGUAAAGAGAGAAGAUCGUUCGUGAUGUCAUCGUCGGAAAGUUCAGGAACCCUCCCGUGACACGAUAAAGUGCAUUCGGAAGUCUACUCAUUGAUUAAAGUAAAGUUAAGCUUAAAUAUGGCUGACAUUCAUGGUUGGUAUUUAUUUCCAGAUAUGUAACUGUUAUGUUAUGUUACAUUCAUAUUAUUGAAUGAGAAAUUAUAAUGAAGACAACGCGUCUUAAAUAAUGUCUCCCGCGGAACACGAAUUAGCAGUAACAUUACAUUAAUAUUACAAUUUCUCACUGAACAAUAUAAAUGUAAUAUAACAUAUGUUACAUUAUAAAUGUAACAAUAGUUACAUUAUAGGGUAGGAAACUGUAACAUUUAGACGAAGUUAAGAUGCUAGUAUGGCUUGAAAUAAGAAUCUAAUAUGAAUAGCGAUUAGUUUAUAACGUCUUAAGAUUGUAUUUAAGACACUCUUAACCCUUUAGUGCCAUUCCUAGUGUGACAUACCUGAGGAUUCUUUUACUUUGCCAUCCUAAGC